AAGUCACCUGGAUGAUGAUGAAAGUUUCUCCCACUGAAAACGUCCAGAUGAACAGAAUCGACUUUUUGGGAUUUACGUACCUGGAUGAUUGAACAUGCAUCAAGAAAUAUAUGAAUGUAGAAGUGAUCAAGUCAGUAUUUCUACAGAGUACUGGACAAAAGCAAAUAGCCAAACUUUAUUGUUGCCAAAUUUAUAUCAGGUAAAAUUGUGGUUUUAUAGAUGGAGCACUGAUUGCACCGUGUCAAAUAAUAAAGGAUUCUUCUCUCUCUCAGAUUCCUGUGAACUCACACUGGACCCAAACACAGCAAACAGAAACCUCAUCUUGUUCGACAACAACACUAAAGUGGCAUUUGUGGAUGAUGAGCAGCCAUAUCCUGAUCACCCAGAGAGGUUUGAUGACUGGAAACAGAUUCUGUGUAGAAAUGGGCUGACUGGUCGCUGUUACUGGGAGGUUGAGUGGGAAGGUUGGGUUUACAUAGCAGUGAGUUACAGAGGAAUCAGGAGGACAGGAGCCAGCAAAGGCUGCUGGUUUGGAUGGAAUAAUCAGUCGUGGAGUCUGAGAUGCUCUGAAGAUGGUUACUUUGCUUGGCACAAUAACACUAGAACAGACCUCUCUACCUCUUCCUCCUCCUUCGUCUCCUCUUCCGCCUCCUCCACCUCCUCCACCUCAAACAGAGUAGCAGUGUAUGUCGACUGUCCUGCUGGGACUCUGUCCUUCUACAGAGUCUCCUCAAACUCCUUGAUCCAUCUCCACACCUUCAGCACCACAUUCACUGAGACUCUUUAUCCUGGAUUUAGGCUAUUUAGAUCUUCCUCGGUGUCUCUGUGUUCACUUUAGGACGAAGACUUGCAGAAACAAUGACACAGAUUUAUUCAGGCAAAUACUUUACAUUAAAAAAUCCUUUAAAAAAUCUUUUUCCAAACCUCACCAAUAAUUUUACUUUAGACCAGAAGAUUCCACACACUGACUGUGAGUAACACUUUAGACUGACCAUUAUUAACAAAUGGAAAAGGAAUAAUUUCUACAAUGUUAGUUGUACUAAAGAUGGUUGUAUGGAGGCAGGAAGCUUGAAGUGAGUUUUACAAAGUAAUCUGUUCUCUAGCUUAUGUCCUUUGCAUAGGUCUAUAUUACCAUAAUGCAAAUGCUUUGUAUCAUAUUUAUCUGUUUCCAUUCAUUUUACAACCAGUGACAGAAUUUGUUGACAAUAAAUUUCAUUUCCUGUGUGAUUCAGCAAUAAAAUGAUCAUUGCUCCAAUGUUUUCUUCUUUACAACAUUUUGUUCAGUUUAUUUCAAUUUUAUUUAUAUAGCACCAAAUCAAACGAGUUGCCUCAAGGUGCUUUAUAUUGUAAGGUAGACCCUUCAAUAAUACAUACAGAGAAAAACCCAACUAUCAUAUGAGUAAGCACUUUGGAAACAGUGGGAAAGAAAAUUUUCCUCUUAACAGUGAGAAUCCUCCAGCAGAACCAGGUUUGACGACCACCUGCUAUACGACCAGUUGCGGUGAGGGAAGGAAGACAGGACUAAGACAUGCUGUGGAAGAGAGCCAGAGAUUAACAAUAACCAAUGAUAGGGCUCUUGUCAUGGUCCCGGGACUUCUACCCGGUGCUUUGUGUUUUCCUGUAUUUUUGUCAUUUGACGUAUUAUGUUUUAGGUCCACUGUUUAUUCUAAAGGUCCCUAGGUUAUUCUGUUUAGAUGUCGUUUAUUAGGUUUCCCUUCGUGUCUUUACCCUGUGUCUCACUCAGUGUAUCUGUGAGUUCUUAUGCCUUGUUUUCCCUCCUUGUGUUUUAUUCCAUGCUUGUCUGUUCUCUCCCCCUCCGGUCUG